UUCCCCUGGAUUUCUAGCCAAUGGGAGCCAUUAGUCCAGAACUUUCCCUUGUCCAUGACCUCAAGGUCACCCUCCACCGUUCAUCCAUCAUCACUCCAUCAGAGAAAACCGAAAGGCGGUCUAUGUUCCUAUCGAACAUUGAUCAAGUUCUAAACUUCGACGUCGAGACAAUCCAUUUCUUUAGGGCGACUCAUGAUUUCCCGCCUGAAAAAGUCGUGCAGAAGAUCGAAAAAGCUUUAGGGAAACUGUUAGUGCCAUAUGAUUUCCUGGCGGGACGCUUGAGGUUCGACCCUCAAGCAGGUAGGCUAGAGAUCGACUGCAAUGGUGCUGGAGUGGGCUUUGCAGUGGCCACGAGCGAGCUCUCAUUGGAUGAAAUCGGCGACAUGGUUUACCCUAAUCCAGCUUUUCGUCAGCUGAUCUUCGCCAAAGAGGCCAUCUUAGGGCCAGAAGACCAGCCCUUGAUGCUCCUCCAGGUAACGUCAUUCAAAUGCGGAGGCUUUGCAUUCGGAAUCACCAACAACCACACCACAUUCGACGGCUUCAGCUUCAAAAUCUUCCUCGAGAAUCUUGCCUCCCUCGCUAGUGAUAAACCCUUGGCCAUUACUCCCUACAGCAACCGCCACCUCCUUGCCGCUAGAUCACCUCCAACUGUCACCUUCUCCCACCCUGAGCUCUCAGAACUCCAGCUCCCUCCCAAGGGAGAAGAACUCCAACCAACCAACCUUGAAUCCGGAUCCAACAACGUCGAAUUCAAGGUCUUCCACCUCAGCAGCGACGACAUCGCUAGCCUGAAGGAGAAGGCGAAGUCCGAAGGUGGAAGUGGGCCCGCUAUCACAGGCUUUAAUGUCGUAACCGCUCAUAUCUGGCGAUGCAGGGUUCUUGCAGCCGCUGUAGACCACGAUCUUGAGAGAACAUCAACCGUCCUUUACGCAGUCGAUCUCCGUUCCAGACUCCAGCCUCCGCUCCCGAGAUCGUACACCGGCAAUGCUGUACUCACUGGGUACGGGUCCGCCACGCGCCGUGAGUUGGAGGAUGGUCCGUUCUUUCAGCUGGUAGAGGCCGUGAGAGAGGGUGCCACCAGAAUGACGGAUGAGUACGCAAGGUCAGUCAUUGACUGGGGUCAGCUGCACAAAGGGUUUCCACGUGGCGACGUGAUGGUUUCAUCUUGGUGGAAACUAGGGUUUUCCGACGUGGACUUCCCAUGGGGACGGCCUAUUUACUGUUGUCCUGUGAUGAUACCUAGCAUCGAUAUCAUCGUGCUCUUUCCCAGCGUUGAGGGAACAGAUUCUAACGGCGUGAACGCUUGUGUGGCCCUCCCUAAAGAGUGCAUGAUCAAGUUUGAAAAUAUCUUCCACAAACUAUUAGCUUGAGAAAAGAAAAAGAAGGAAGAAAAUGUGCAUGGAUGUAUCACAUUUAUGCUCUUGUUCACGAGGCCAGUAAAUUUUCGUAUGGAAAUUUUCAUUCCAAUGUGUAGUGAGCCAACCCGAUCGAUAUUGUAUGAUCUAUGUCAUGGCGUGCAACUUAUUUAUAAUAUAUAUGCUUUAGCUUCCA